CUCCAGGGUAUAUAAAGGGCGCGCGAUCCUCAUUUUUAAACAUUCGAAGUUGACCGAGCAAACAGACGCUGCACGCCUCUAUAGUCGCUGAUAGGGAGUGAUUCAGACCCAACAACUUUAUUUUAUUUAAUUCAAAAAUGAUGAGCUUACGAUUGUUGUGCUUGAUCGGUUUGGUGGCCGGCAUUCAUUGCGGCAUGGUCCGACGUGACCUGGGCAAGAAGGCCAGCAAUAGCUACAGUGUUCCACCAGCAAGUGGCUACGGAGUCGCACCCCCAGCACCCAUUUACGGCGCCGCUCCAGCCUCCAGUUACAUUGCGCCAUCAAACUACGGCCCCCCAAUCUAUUACGAAGACGAUGACAAGCCCGACCUGAAAGCCAAAUUGGAAGAAUUCAAGAGCAAGAUCAUCGGCCACCUCGGUUACAUGAAGGGCUCCAUUCUGGCGGCUAAGGGCAAGAUGAUGCUCAAGAAAGCCCACGAGUACCAACAGAAAGGUGAGAAAUUGGUCGGAAUCGGCGAGUCUCUCAAGGCCCUCAAGCAGGAGAAACAGAAGCACUACGAGCCCAGCUACGCUCCACCAGCUCCCGUCUACUCGGCACCACCGGCUCCCGCAUACUCCGGUUAGGAAGUUGAACGAAGACGCGAUGAACAAACAAUUCUUUUUUUUAAUUUUUAUCUCUUCCAUGUACAGCUCACAGCGUUUCUCCUGGUAGAGACGACGAUUUUUUUCCACGUACCAAUAAGAAAGAGAGUGUCAAUCUGUAUAAGAUAAAUAUAUUUUGUAGUAGUCGUAGUGUGUAAUACUCCUUUACACCUCUUCUCUUUCUACUUCAUCUGCUCCCCCCCCCCCCUAUACUUCAAUAUUUUCUUAUUUGUUAUACCGACAAAAAAUGGCUCACAUCAGCAGCCAGCCAACAAAACCACAACCGCAUCAUCACCAACAUCUUAAAUAUGGCGAGAAAGAAAAACAAAAAAAGAAGAAGGAGCCAAGAGUAUUAUUACAUCAUACCCGAUUUUUGUUUCUUUAUCGAGUGUGUUUCAUAAAAUUCAGACAAAUCAUAUUAGCCCGUCACAUCACACGCGAGAUUUCGCUUGUGAUUGUCAUCAAAUAUCCUUUUUUUUGGUCUUCUAAAAAAAAAGUACAUUUCAAAUCACCUGAUGAAAUA